GUUUUGGCGGAUGACAUCGACACCAGCUGGGUAUUUUCUCGGUGUACUUGGGCACACAACAUAAAAAGGAGAAGCUUCUACAACAUCCAUAUUAGCAUUAUUACCCCACCACCCACCCUCCAGCAACAACCACCUACUCAUUCAUACUAGUCAAUCAGAGGAUCUCAAAGAUGGCUCAAGCUCAACAGUCCGACUCAGCCCCCUCACCAAGCUCAACCGCCAACUCACUAAGCCAACAGCUCACCCAGCAGACCCUCCUACUCAGCAGCCUCGUCGGAGCAAGCGGUGGCUAUCAAAGAGUCAGCCUGCUCCAGUCGGAUCGAUCACUAAGCCUGCUCUUCAGUCAUCCCAAGGGAAGAACUUCCUGUUUACCAUUCAGAGCAUCCCGCAAGAAUCCUGAAAACAAGAUCGAAAUCGAGUACAGAAACAUCCUCAACUGCCAACUGAACCAACAGGAGCAAGAGAACUACGAACUCAAACUAUCAUAUCUGAAAAGCUCGCAGGACCAGAACCUCAAACUCAAGACGCUCACACUGAUUGGAAGAAUCGAAAACGAGAGUGAUACCAGCAGCGAUACUCAAAAACUCACUCAGAAUUGGGUCGAAAACUUACUGUUGAGAUCUUACGAAUUCAAAGGUGUUCCCAGAUCUCGUAGAGUCCUCAUCGUCAUCAAUCCGACCAGUGGCUCACAGAAGAGUGUCAAGAUCUGGACAUCGGUCGUCGAACCCAUCCUGAAAGCAUCAACCGCAAACUAUGAAGUGAUAUUUACCACUCAUGCAGGACAUGCAGGAGAACUCGGAGAAAAGUUGGACCUUGAUUCGGUCGAUGUCGUCAGCUGUGUGUCCGGCGAUGGGUUGGUGCACGAAAUCUUGAACGGACUUGGUCGUCGGGAAUCAGAUUUCGGGACAGCCAUGGAAAAAUUAGCUUUGACCUCGAUUCCUUGUGGCUCCGGAAAUGCCCUUUCGACUAACCAUCUCGGGCCCAAACAUGCCAAAAACGUUCAACUGGCCACUUUGAACAUACUCAAAGGAACCCCCAUUCGACUGGACCUAUGCAGCUCCACCCAGCUGUCUGACGGAGUUCCAGAAGGACAGAAAGAGCCAGAGUCGAUCCGGAAAUUAUCCCUGCUCAGUACCUCAUACGGAAUCAUGGCCGAGCUCGAUGUGGGUACAGAACAUCUCAGACGCUUAGGUCCUAUCCGCUUCGUCCUAGGAUAUCUAUGGGGUGCGAUCCGAAAUCGUCAGCGGAAGAUCAGAUUAGAUGUCCAAUUAGUCGAGAAGGACAAGACCGAAAUCGAGCGAAACUUUCGACUUCUCCGUGAGACGAUCAAGCAAGAGUCCAGUGAUCCCAACCGAACCCCAACCCUUCCAGAUCACCACCAACCAGCAGUCGAGGCGGAUUCGAGCGGACUGCCGCGACUGAAGUACGGCGAUAUCCGAACGAAGAUCGGCGGUUCUGAGGACAGUAACUCGACGUGUCCUUGGACAACCAUCGAAACCGAUAUCGUCUCCUUUUAUGCCGGCAUCUUGCCGUUCAUGUCGAGAGAACUCUUGCUCUUUCCCGCUAAAAUUCCUGGCCGCGAUGGCACUAUCGACAUCACCCUACAACAUUCUGACAGCGUUUGGAAGUCCUUGGCAUGCUUGAUCGGAGCUGAAACCGGCGGUCUAUUCAAGAACCCCAAUUGCGAGUUUAUGAAAGUGAAAGCGUUCAGAUUGACGUUCGACUCGGACGAGAAGAACCGAUCGUAUGUCGUCCUGGAUGGCGAAAACCUGCCCUACCAAUCGAUCCAAGUGGAGAUCCACGAGCGGGCCUUCCAGAGCUUGACGUUGAACUCUGAGUGUCCAUACUUUGGCUCGAUCGGCGUCGCCGAUCAGAUCUUAUAAUCCACCCCUCACAUCUCUCUGUCUUUUCUUUUUAUCGGAGGUUGUCCUAUCCGACCGGACACUCACAUUUUUUUUUUGGUUACUUUUGGGGCGUAUGAUCUUCUCGUUCAUUUAUUCAUUCUUUCAGUUUUUUUUUUCUUCCUCUUAGAUAUCGAGCAAUUCUGUUGUAGUGCAUAUUUUCCAGUUUAUGGAGUUCUUUAGAUUAGUACUGUCUUGGUUAGAACAAAAAGGAGCAUCUUUCCCUCUUUUUUUCACGUCUUUCCUUCAUUUUUUCUUUCUUCAUUUUUUUUUCCUUUUUUUAAAAAAAAACAAAAACUAUGCAUCGUCUAAAUACCUAUUAUCUUCUUCCCAAGAUUCGCUAGCUUUUCUUUCUCAAACAACCACAAAAUCUACACUCGUAGACCACAGGUCAAGAGAGAUCUGAACUACUCUGUUAUGUGAACCUAUCGUCUCCAUUCUUUCUUGUGUCUAUGUAGUCUCCUCCGAUCUUUCCUGCCAAUGGACUGUCACCAGUUAUAUAAUCAGUCUAAAGCAUACCUUGAAACCAUCA